UUAACUUUCUCCUCAUCCUUGCCUUACACAUCUGUUUUCUUUACGAAACUGAGCCAAAAAAAAAAGAAGGAAAAUCGUCUUUCUCAUUUAUAGUUAAAGAAUAUGUCGAGAGCUAGCGUCGAGCUUGAUUUCUUUGGAAUGGAGAAACAGAACUGCUGCAAAUCUCGGUUUCAGAAAUCCCUCGAUCGCCGUCUAAGCUUUCGAGGUCUUCAAGGCGCCCUUUCGAAGGUGAAUCCUGAGCUUAUCAAAUCCGUGAUUGCCUCUGGUUUGAAGAACCCGCAGGGUCAGGAUAAUGUGUAUCAGAUGGACUCCAACAAGUCUUUUUCGGUCCCUUCCAGUCCUAAAGAAACUCAGAGUCUGUUUCCAGCUUUACCUCUUCUUACCCCUGCUGCCAGGGCUACAUCCGAGAAUGGUCCUGAAACAGCUCCCUUAACCAUUUUCUACAACGGAACGGUUUCCGUUUUUAAUGUACCUCGAGAUAAGGCGGAGAGCAUCUUAAAACUCGCGGUUGAAGUUGAAGGAAACUCAAAAAAUGUUGAACCAAUAGACUCAAAAGUGGCAAGUCCUCCUAGCGAUCGACAACAGCUUCUUGAAACUCUCAAUGGAGAUUUGCCAAUCGCCCGGAGAAAGUCUUUGCAGAGAUUUCUGGAAAAGCGCAAAGAGAGGAUGACUUGUGCAUCUCCAUAUGCUUGCUAGACCUUAAAAACCGUGUUUUUUGAUGCCGUCCAAGUGGAUGGGCAGUUUAAUUGAUCUAAUAUUAGUUUUUUAAUAGCUAUCCCUUAGGACAUGUAAAAUACAAAUCAUAUAGAGAGUAGAAUGGCUGAAUAAUGAAGGACGGGGUGUUCGAAGUUUGAAGUUGAGAGGGCGCACGUUUUUGGUGAUGGGGAUGACUGAUUUCCUACCACUUUCCUAAUGCUUGUCUCGACGGUCUGAUUGGAUGCCAUUCUUUUUUUCUAUUUUUAGGUCACAUGUACUGACUUUUCUCUUGGAAGAAGAUACCUUGUUUCAUUUCUUCUCUACUUUUGCAAAAAAAAAAAACAAAAACAAAAAGAGAAAGUACUGUUCUCAUUUUAAAGUCUAUUCUAAUAUAAGCACGUGUUUUUAUUGCUCUUA